GCUCUCAGCCGCUAGUGGGCGCCACCAAGCAGAGCUCCUCCAGGUGUCAGGCUGAUCGGCGGUGGCGCGACGAUGGCAGCGCAACAUGGCUGCUAAAGGCAUCGACGACAGUACCUGCGGCACCGGGACCGGCUCCUUCGGACCCACGAUGAGAGCCGGACCGGCUACGGUGACCGUGUCCGCUGUGAGCCUGAUGCUGAGCGCGCUCUCGCUGCUGCUGCUCGUGACCGCCAUCGGUACGGACCACUGGUACGAGACGGACACCCGCCGCCACAAGGACAACUGCGACCGGCACGGUUCCGACUCCAACGACCAGAAGAACCGCGAAAUGCCCAUUUACCAUUUACCGCUGGUGGACACGAGCACGCGCGAUGUGGCUCUCAUGAAGCCCGUGCACGUGGGCAGCAGAGAGGAGGAGCUCCUGGAAAACUGGCGUGCCAUCCUGGGAAUGGGAAUCCUGGAGACGGAGUGUGGCCGGCCCCUGUUUUCCACACAUUCCGGCCUGUGGAGGAAGUGCUAUUUCCGUGGCGUCGAUGCCGAUAUCGAUAAGCUAAUCGACCGAGGUAUCGCGGAGCGCUGCACGGCUGUCAAGUAUCAUUUCUCUCAGCCAAUCAGGUUGAGGAACAUCCCUUUGAACUUGACCAGAACCAUCCAACAGGACGAGUGGCACCUUCUGCACCUACGGCGCAUCACGGCAGGAUUCUUAGGCAUGGCUGCGGCGGUUCUUCUCUGUGGGAGCAUCGUGACGUCAGUGGGCUUCUUCUGGGAGGGCAGUCUGACACAGCACGUGUCUGGACUUCUCUUCCUCAUGGCAGGGAUCUUCUGCACCAUCUCUUUGUGCACCUACGCCGCCAGCAUAACCUAUGACCUUUCCAGGAAUCCUCCUUUCAUCUACGGGCUUCCGGAUGACGUGGAUCACGGUUACGGCUGGUCCAUCCGCUGUGCCUGGGCCAGUCUGGGUCUCAGUGUGGCUUCCGGCUGCCUCGGCGCCACCUUCCCUUUUCUGAGCCGCUCGGGACACCUGCGCUCCAAAGCGGUGCGUGCAUCAUCCGUCUGAUCCGGUAUCUGGACGAGUUCUCCUGUGUGGUCUGCCGGCCGGCCACUGAAUUGUUCGUCUAGUGGAGGCUCCACAGCGCCCUCUACUGAGAGUGGUCCACGAGCACCGAUACAUGAAAUAGUUAUCAAGCUAUUCUUUUGUUUGCACGGUUGUCAUGGUAACGUCCAGUCCUGCUACUGAACCAUACAGAACUAGCCAUUCACCUGAUGGGAAUACCGCAGUGUCGUUGCACCUUCGCCUUCUUGUAAGUGUGUGAGUGUGUGUGUGUGUGCUCAGAACAACACAUUAUGAAAACAAAAGUGUAAAUACCGUCAAAUAUCGUUUGAUCAAUCACGAGGAAGUGACACAUUAGAAGUGGAUUCAAUCAGGAAGUGUGAACUUUUCUGUUCUUAUUCGAUGCUCAGAUAGUGUGCAUGACAUGCAUACCUGCAGUUACCAUGACAAUGCAGCACCUUUAAUCUGUCUUUCACCAUCAUGCCUCUUAAAGAGACAGUAUGCCAUUAAGUGGAUUCCUGUUCAGGUUAAGAAUGGCCUCAAGGUGAGUCACAGCUGACCAUUAUUAUUACUAGUAUAUUAAUAUUUACUAGUGGAAAUACCUAUGGAAGCCCCUCUUGUCCCAAAGCCACAGCGCCCUCGACUGGAUGAAGUAUCUGAUGUAAAUAAAUCAAUGAAGAAACUUGGACAAAACAAACUGAUUGUAUUUCUCUGCUUAUUUCAGACAAUGUAUUGUCAUUCGUUAUUGUAAAUAAUAUGAAUUUCUGUAAAUGUAUGGUUUGAAAUGAUGAUCAACACUGACUUGUUCUCCGAACACAUCGGUAAGUUCAUUUAUUGCACCAGUAAUCAAUAAAUGGUUUUAU